AUGGGGGACCGGAGGUCGUCAUUUUCCUUCCGAUUUUGGCCACCAGCUUCCCGCCGUUCUCCAACAACUGCACCAUCUCAAAACACAACCAUCCCCCUUUCCUCCACAACUCCUCCUGCAGCUGAAAGAAGUUCGGCUGGCGAGACAACCACCCCUACCCCUGCUCCUACCCCCAUAACUCCAUCUAAGGUAGAAACUCAAUUGACUGGGGAUGCAAGCACCCCAAUUCCCACAACUCCAUCUACAGCAGAAACUCAAUCGGUUGGGAAUGCAAAAACCCCCACAACUCCAACUACAGCUGAAAUUCAAUCGGCUGGCCAGUCCUCCACCAUUACCCCCAUCCCAACAACUCUCCCUACUGCUGAAACUCAAACGGCUGAGAAGGCAACCAACCCUACCACCAACACAAUCUCCACAACUCUAAAUACUGCUGAAACUCAAGCUGAUGAGCAGGCAACCAACCCUACCAUCAACACCGCCCCCACAACUCCACCUACUGCUGAAACUCAAACAGCUGGGCAUGAGACCACCCCCUCCUCCACCACUAACACCCUCACGACUCCACUUACAGAUGAAACCCAAACUCUAACACCUAGCCAGUCAAACACAAACACAACCCGUGUCGCCACAGUGCCACCUUCAAGUGAAGCCCAGAUGGCUAACCAGCCUACUGCCACCUCAAUUGGCCCUACAAUAGAGUCCCAAACCUCAUCACCAAUUCGUUCAACCGUUCAACCUGGUGUCCCAUCAAGGACGGCAUCACCCUAUCAUGCAACAACAAAAUCACAAUCACCUCCUCAGCCUUCAUCUCCAUCUCGUGCAUCACCUAAAUCACGAGCCACACCCUCAUCUCCAUCUCGCAUGGGUUCUCUGAACUCCUUGACACGCCAAAGCGCAUCACAAGCUCAUUCACCCUCCCGUCCAGCCUCACCCACCCCAAAGCAGACAUAUUCACCAUCUAUCAAGGGUGUUGAGCCUACUUCCACAUCGAAGACAUUACAGCACACAACCAAAGAGAUAUCCCAUCCUCUUUCCAAUUCUCAUGACCCAAAUACUGUUUCUAAUGGAGAAGCACCGAAGCCAUCAGCAUCUGAACAAGAGUCUCUAGAAAUUCAGCCAAAGACAAAAGUUAAAUCUGAUACUGUUGAUGACUCUCAUAAUCAAACUGCAUCUGAAAGAAGCAUCAAACACAAUGAAAUGGAAGUAGAGACUUCUAAAUCAUCAGAGAUGGGAGCUGUUACUAUAUCGACCGUUUCCCAAGGUCCUGAGACAGCUGAGGAAACACAAAAAUGGGAUUCUUCCAGCAUCGAUGGUGACAAAAAGCCCCUCAUGGAAUCAAAUGCAAAACCUGAAGAAACUAAAGAAGUGAAGGAGGUAAUUCAAGAGACAAAAGGUGCAGCUGAUGGCAAAAGAAACAACGAAGGCAAUGAUUUUCUCGCUGCAAAAUCAGGAUCAAGAGCACAAACAGUAGAGGAGGCCAGCGUUAUAAAUGAAUCAGAGCAGAUGCAUGGAGAAACACAAGGGACCCUUGGCAAAAAAGAGACACUACCAACCUCUCUCUUCAGUGGAAAACCAACCAAAACAAGUUCUCGACCAGGGAGUAAAAGCACAAGUAUUCCAACUCAAAAAUUAUCUACUCAGUCAAGCCGAGAACAAGUGCCCUUGCACAAAGAGAUCAAGGACGACAUUUCGACAUUUGUCAAUCGAAUGGCCAUUGGAAACCCCAAAAAUUCCCUUAAUGACAGACCAGUAAGUAUCAUUACACUUGCAGGAGAAAACAGAGGAGCAUCAAUGCAGUUUGGAUCGGGUUCAUCAAAAGGGAAAGGGGCAGUUCACAUUCGCAGAGGCUACAAGAUCAAUCCUGAUGAAAGUCCUGAAGCAGCCACUGAUGGCAAUGGAAGUUGGAAUGGUAAGAAAUCGGAAGAUGCGGAAGGAAAAGAAGAUCAGCCAACAGAGACAUAUGUAAACAACAAUGCGCAGGGAAUCAAUAACUCGAUAGUGUUCAACAGUUCCAUGAAUGAAAGGAAUCCCGGAGUCCAUAUUAUUGCCAUUCGUGCUCAGAAAGAACCUACCAAGUCAACUGAUAAAAUAAGGGCCCUUGAGAAUUGA